GCGAAUCGCGAGUGGUUCUAGUGACAUCCAUGAUAAUUUUUAUCGUAGUAUUUUUUAUGCAGUUCUCUCUAAAUCACACAUGAUUUUCUAUUGAUAAGAGUGUUAAAUUACGUGCUAAAUAGUUUUAAGUAGUGCCUCAAAAUGAUGAGUGACGACGAUCGUGAUAUUGAUAUAGAAAGUGAUGCUGAAAAUGACUCCGAUUCUCGUACUCAUAGGAAUAGCAGCGGUGGAAGUGGAUACUAUUCCCAGGCGGAAAAGCGAGCACACCACAACGCGCUGGAGCGGAAAAGAAGAGACCACAUAAAGGAUAGUUUCACGUCAUUAAGAGACUCUGUGCCUGCGUUGCAGGGUGAGAAAGUGGUAUGUAAGGCCAGCAGAGCGCAAAUUUUGAAAAAAGCCGCAGAAUACAUCAUGUUCAUGAGGCGGAAAAACAACUCACACCAACAAGACAUUGAUGACUUGCGGAGACAAAAUAAUCUACUAGAAUCACAGAUCCGCGCACUAGAAAAAGCGAGAGCAACGGGCAACUACAUGGAUGCACACGAGCUAGGCCUCGAGAUCAAGUCCGAAGGCAGUUCCCGAGACACAGACAGCUCAGACGGAGAGGGCACAACCCGACGGGUGAAGAAACUAAAGAUUAAUGGAGUUAACGUUUCAUAAAACUACAUGGACAGUAACAUGGUGUAUGUAAAUUGAAUUUGCUCUAAGUUUUAAAGGUUAGCUGAGUUUAUAGUACUGAGCAUUCACUAGUAAAUGUAUAGUAUUAAAAAUUCAUUAUUGUACAAACACAUUAUCUUUGUAAAGGUAAAAAAUCAUGAUACAUAGGUACAUAUUGUAAUGUGUCUAGGAUCUAUAAAUGAUACACUGAAUGUAUAAGGCCGUGGGUUGAACGCACGCGGCCACUCUCCAAAACAGCUUCAUUCAAUUUUAUACAUUUUGAUUGUGCCGCUCGACGCCAAAAGGUACAAAUGAAGUGCAAAAUGUCUUUCGUAUUUUGAGGUAAACACACGUGGCAUGCUAUUUGAGCCAGACUCAGUACAAUAAGUAUUGACGUUGACUAAAGAUAACAUGAAAAAUACGAACAUCGGAGAAAAUUUAUAGAAAAUUUAAACUUUGAAAAAACCCCCGACCGCGUUAUAGUAGACCGUUUUUCAUGAAACAUGGCUAAGAACACUCCCUACUCCCAGCUUUCAGACAAAAAAAAAGGGCUCAUCCGUUCGGGAGCUACGAUGCCACAGACAGACAGACAAACAGACAGACACGUCAAAUUUAUAACACCUCGUCGUUUUUGCGUCGGGGGUUAAAAACUAUAAUGCACUAUCUACAGGGCCGCGUGCGUCAAAGUCGCGGCCUGAGUGAUACAGUCUUGACUUUAAAACUUAAAGCAAUAAAUCUUGAAUGUUGAUCUGUAUACAUUUGAUGGCUGAAACCUUGCAAACAAGUCGGCACUUCUGACCUUGAUAGGGUCGUGAAGCGUAAGAGGUCAAACC